AAGGACAUUCAGUUUUCUACCAGGAGAAUGGCACCAAACCAGAACCUUGCUGCCGUGCUGUACGGACCGAACGAUCUACGCCUGGAGGAGCGUCCGAUUGAGCAGCCUGCCUUCGAUGAAGUGUUACUUGAGGUGGACACCUGUGGAAUUUGUGGAACUGAUGUCCAUUUUCUGAAGGAAGGGGGCUUCGGAGCCCAAAUGCUGAUUAAGCCAAUUGUGCUCGGUCACGAAUCGUCCGGAAUUGUUCGAAAGCUUGGCAGUAAGGUAACGCAUUUGAAGGUUGGCGAUCGUGUCGCGAUCGAACCGGCUGCCGGAUGCAGAACGUGCGAUCUUUGCAAGGUGGGCAAGUACAACGUUUGCCUAAAUGGCAAGCACUGCCCAACGCAGAAACAUGACGGAAAUUGUUCCAAUUACUUCACCCAUUAUGCCGACUGUUGCUUCAAACUACCGGACAAUGUAACGAUGGAGGAAGGUGCCAUGCUGGAACCACUUGCCGUUGCGAUCUACGCUGGCCGUAAAGUUGAUAUUCGACUGGGAAAUAAAGUGCUUAUCUUCGGUGCCGGCCCAAUCGGUUUAAUGUGCUUGGUUGCGGCCAAAGCGAUGGGUGCCACUCGAACGGUAGUUCUGGAUCUCGCUCGGGUUCAACAUCGACUUGAUUUGGCGAAGAAGUUAGGAGCUACUGGCGUGAUCGCUAUAAACAAAGACGACAAGGAAGACGAUCUGGUGAGCAAAAUUCAGAAAAUUCUCGGAGGACCAGCCGAUCGAGUUCUUGAGUGUACCGGUUCACAGCCGGGAAUGAGGAUUUCUAUUCGAAGUACUCGAAAUGCAGGAAAAAUCUGCUUGGUUGGGCUGGGUAACGACGAUGUGUCAUUACCGAUGGUGGAUGCUGUUUCUAGAGAGAUCGACAUCACAACUGCCAUGCGAUACAAUCAUGAUUUCCCAGCAGCGGUGGAGAUUGUGGCCAGUGGGUAUGUUAAUCUGAAACCGCUCAUUUCACAUCAUUUCGACCUGAAGGACGUUCACGAAGCCUUCCGCGUCGCGAGUCAAAGCGAAGGAAAUAAAAUAAUGGUACAUCUCAUUCCCAGAGAUACUAACAAUAAGAACAAGUUUGCCAACUAAAUCAAACCCAUUGUUUUUGUAUAUGUACCAUGAAUAAAAUUCAAGAAAAACACAAACAAAAA